UUAUUCAACUGUCAAAGCAAACAGUGUGCAUUGUUUUUGACGGUACGCAUCGCCUCUGUGAAUAUUGAGAUUAUUAUACCUCGGUUAAAUUCAUUUUUGAAUUAAAACUAUCUACGAUUCAUUUAAAGAGUAGUACGUAAAAAAUAAUCGGACAAAAACAUGGCGUCAGAACGAAAUAAAGUGAAAUUAUCGAAAAGCAUAUUGGAUAUGAAGUUCAUGAAGCGAACCAAGGAGAAGGUUUUGAAAGAGGAGGACGAUGCCCAAAGUCGAGCAAUGUAUUCCAAUGAGAUAACCGACAAAAUGCGAAAAAGUGAAAGUUAUUUCGUAAUUGAGCCGAGUUACGUUCCGUGUGAAAACCUAAACGAUGGUCGAUUUAGUUUUCGCGGAAUGAAUCCAGAGAUUGAACGAAUUUUGGAAUUAGAACAAAAUGCCAAACAGGCGGCCAUGGACCAAAACGUUAAAAAAGAUGUCACCGAUGACGAUAUGCAAUCUGCAUACUAUGGCAACGUGAAGAAAACAAUUGAACGCAAAUUCCAGUCUAAGACACACCGACGAAAAAUUUCACUUCCCGAACCGAAAUUUAAAAAACCAAAAGUCGAUGAUUGAUAAUUAUAAUAGGACAAAUUAGGUUAAUUGUAAUUAUAAAUUGAUUUAAUGAUGAAACAAAAACAAUUCAAUUGGCUGAAUCGGAAUUAUGUGAAAUAAAAAAUUCGAGUGAAGAAAACUGCUGACAACAAUAAACUGCAAUUAAGUUUAACGAA